AUGUGGCAGGGGGGUGGGGGGCGCACGACGAGUGCGAAGAGCGGAGGGAGGGGGAAUCUCAGGCUCGUACCUGUUGCCGAUACGGUGUUUGCGUGGGGGGUGGCUUGGCGUCGGAACACGCUUCACACCCUCAAGCGGCCAUUUUGUGACGGCGCUAUUUUAGCGCCGUCCCGCACGGCUGGGCGGGCGCCCCGCCGCCUGCCCGUGGCAGUGUACCCGCUGCGCGUAGGCUCCGGCAGGACCCUUUGUCUGGGGCUUGUGAAUAGCUUUCAUUGUCCUGUGGCGCCAAACCUUCCUGCCCACGCCCCGUCGGCGCUGGGCAGCCGAGAGGCUCGGCGUCGCCCGGAGUGCCGCGGGUUCCUCGGCCCGCACCGGCGUGCUGCUUGCUCUUUGUUCUAUGUGAGAAACGUGAUUUGCGACUGUAGUGCUGAGGCUUCAAACACUAUACGAGCAGCACAUGUGGAGGCCCAGCGUUCAAGCACCACAGAUGGCAGUGCCUAUUCAGCAACAGUCAGUCAGGGCUAUGUUUUACCAGAAGGAAAAAUCAUGCCCAACACAGUCUUUGUUGGUGGAAUUGACAUAAGGAUGAAUGAAGCAGAAAUUCGGAGUGUCUUUGAACAAUAUGGUACUGUGAAGGAGGUGAAGGUCAUCACUGACAGGACUGGUGUUUCGAAGGGGUAUGGAUUUGUGUCUUUCCUGGACAAUGUGGAUGUUCAAAAGAUAGUUGAGUCACAAAUCAACUUCCAUGGUAAAAAGCUGAAACUGGGGCCAGCAAUCAGAAAACAACAAAACUUAAAUUCCUGCAUGCAUCCCAGACAAAUAGUUCUUGGUCCUCCUCCACCACAGUUCCAGAGCGUGUGGGGUAAUCAGGGUAUGGAGACAUACGUGCAGCCUCCAGCUGUCAUGAACCCAGUAACACCCUAUGUUCAGCCCUAUCCAUACAGUUCAUCACCAGCUGUGCUGCUAAAGCAGCAAGUUCCCAUAGGAUAUCAACCCGCUUACAACUAUCAGGCUCAACCGCAGUGGCUUGCUGGGGAGCCAAGAAAUUAUGUAAUACCUCCAACUCCGGUGUAUACUUCAGUGAACUAUCAUGGCUCUGAGGAUCCAGGAUUUAUACAGAUGGAAUGUGCUGUUCCAGAGCCCAUGCAGUUGCCUAGCAGCCCACAGAAGAAGUCCGUGGACAGGGGCAUGCAAACAGUACUAUCCUGUCUGUCUAAUCCUGAGAACCAGCUGACAAAUGACUUUGUAUCACAAGACAGCAAUGUAAAGGAGGGUAAGACAUACCACUUCAGAAAAGGAAAGACAGUACACAAAGCCAUUUGA